GAAAAAUAAAAAAUUUGGGACCUGAAAUAUACAUAUAAUGAUAAAAUCUAUACAGAAAAUUAGAUAGGGACAGGUAGUAACGAUGUGUCCAAUACCAACCAGUCAUUGAGACUCACUCCUUCUUCUUGUUACAUCCCUUCUUGUUAAGUCAUUUGAACUUAGAAUUCUCAACCACAAAUUUCACCUCAAAAUUUUGAUUUUUCAUGUAAUCAUUCUCCAAUCAUAGUCUAAGUUUUGGCAAAAGAUGGAAGAUACUAAAGGUGGUAUGAGAAGAGUUGGAUCAGUUAAAGAUGUUAUUAAUUUAUAUGAUGAUAGGAGUCAUAAAAUUGCUGAUAAUGAUAGUCCUUCAUUGAAGAAAACUCAGAUAGAUUCAUCAUUGAACCCUACUUCAAGAACAAGAGAACUCCACAAAGCUAGAAGGGAUAUUGGAAGGUACAAAGAGAGUAGAUGGUCAGCAGAAUCUGAAAAAUCUCAAGCCGAAUCCGAGCUUUCAAACGCUAAAAAGACGGUGAAAAGUCUUUCUUCUAUGCUUGCGGAAUCAAGUUACAAGGUGAAAGCACAAAUGCGGGAUAUAGAAACACUCGAGAAGAAGGGAAAGGGUCAACAUGGUGCUAUGGUUACGAGAAAGAAUGAGAAUCGUGAGUAUGCACAAGUGAUGAGAGAAUUGGAAUAUCUCAAAAAGGAAUUGUUUAAGCUAAAGCUUGAUGUAGCUUCUGUUUUGGAAGAGAAAUCGCGAGCCGAGAGAGAAAUCGAAGCAUCAACCUCGAAGAUGAUCACUUGUACAAGAAAAGAAGAAGUACUUAGGAAAGAGAUUGAUGAAGCCAAUGAAGAACAAGUACUUGCUGAAUUGGCAAGGAUUGAGGCUUUGAAAGAAUUUGAGGAUAUUAGAGUUCAGAGAGAAAGGGAAAAAGAAGAGUUUUUAAGCAAAUUGGAAACAACAAGAAAAAAGUUAAAGGAGGCUAAGGAAGAGAUAAACGAAUCAAAAGAACUCGAAAUGAAAUUAGCUAUCACAGUUUCAGAUGUUGAUAUCUUGCAGAAUCAGUUGAAUUUGGUCAAAGAGAUGGAGAGAAGGGUUCAAGGAGAUGAAAGUGUGAAACUAUUGGAAGGAAGUUUAAGAAAAGACGACGAAUCAGGAGACUCUACCGAGUUACAAACCAUAAAAGAAGAACUCGAGGCAGCAAAGAAAGAGUUGGCUUUGACGAGAGAUGAAAGUUUUCAGUUUAUGGCUGCUAUGGAUGUUAUAAGAAAUGAGCUGAGACAUGUAACUAAGGAAACAGCUCGUUUGAAGAAGAACGAUUCAUCGGUUCAAAAUCUCAAUUCAAAGCUUCUAAGAACAAAAACUAAGCUAGAAGCUGCAUGUGCUGCCGAGGAAAAGGCGAGGUCAUUAGUAAUAAGUCUAUCUCAUUCUCUUGAAAAUCUGAAGACAGAAACAGAUGAAGCUAAAAAGGAAAAAGAGCUUAUAACUCAAGAUAUCAUAACUACUAAGGCAGAAAUUCAAAAAACUGAGAUUGAAAUUGACAUGAAUGAGGAAAAGUUGCAAGGUGUUAUGAAAGAGUUAGAGGAAGCAAAAACAACUGAAGCUUUAGCUUUAGAGAAGCUUAAAACACUUUCGGAGACUACCAUGAAAGAAAGAGCUUUAACAGAAAAACAUAGUUCAAAGAUUACUAUCUCAAAAUUCGAAUAUGAGUAUCUAACUAAUCAUGCAGCUGCAGCAGAAGAACUUGCUGAUAGAAAAGUUGCAGCAGCUGAGGCGUGGAUCGAAGCACUCAAAGCGAGUGAGAGGGAAAUACUAUUGGAAACAAAAAUAGUUCAAAGAGAACUCAAAGAAAGAAUGUUGAAGGAAGAGAGGGAGGUUUACGUUAAAGAAAAGACGGUUGGAAGAAGAGUUAGUAGUGAGGAGUUUGAUAGGACAAGAAAACGCGAUAAGAGUUCGUCGAAGAACUUGCAGAUAGGUGUUUCUAGAAAGAGUAUCAAAUCAAAUGGAAGUAUGACUCCUUCAAAGAGAGCUAAGUUUCAGAAGGCUGCUUCGCCUGCAACUCGGCAUGUUAGUCCUUUCACUCUCAAGAAGAGAAAGAAAGUUAUCCCGAAUUUGGCCAAGUUAUUUAGUGGCAAGAAAAACACAAUUACUACAGAGUUUUAAAUUCCAGUCCGCAACCACUAUUGCAGCCGUAUGCAAAGUAAAGGAUUUUGAAGCCUCGGCGAAUAGAAUUUCGUCACUGCUAAAUUUUAGCAGCAGAGAAAAGUGAGGCCAACUUGUCUAUUUGUAACUGCCAUAUAACUCAUAAAUUAUGUAUCUGGUCUAUAAGAGACAAUUUACCUUUUAAGAUUCAAUGAAUAAAUUAUGUAUCAGGUUUAUAAUAUAGACCUUACACAUUAUUUAUUCAGAUA